AAUUCAGAAUUCUCAACGGCUGAGAGUACUUUUUUCCUUCUUAGGUCUCAGGGAAUUUUGCAAACUACGACUCCCAGCCAGAGGGGAAAGGACUUUACAGGGGCGCCGGAUGAGCCACUCGGUAAUCUCACCAACAGUGGGCGUUUAGCGCAGCCAAGCGACAGGCAGGCGCCAGGGCGCAACAACAGGGAGGCACCGGCUGAGGCGGGGAGAACUUUGGCGCUCGGAGCAGAGCCACCCUUUGCUGGCCAGUAGCGUUGCUCCUCCGAGGUAGCAAGCCGCGUUGGCGACUUGGCGGAAAAAAUAACCAAAGAAAGGCAGGGAGGAAGUAGCGAGAGAAGAGAGAAAAUGAAGUCAGCGCUGGGGGAGCCUGCAGGAGGGUGGCCAACAGCGGAGCAAGGCGGAUUUGGCUUCUUUUCCGCACCCCGGGCGUGAACGCCCUCUCCAACGAGACCCCAGGAAAUAAGUGGAUCUCGCCUGGGAGGAAAAGGAAAAGAAUCCAACGAGAGUGCGUUGCUCCUCUGUCACCGCUGCCCCCGAGGAACCCCGGCUACUUCUCAGCCCCGACGCCUCGUGGGGCUGGACGCAGUGCCGGAGGCGCCCUGCAGAUGGGGCGGGCAGGGAACAUGCGCUCCAGCCGCGGAUGACAGGCGCCAGCCAGCCUGCCUGUCUGCUCCGCGCAGUGACCCGGCGGGCAGAGGAUGCCCGGCGGAGGGACCUGGGAGCCGGUUUUGAGACUGCUGGGUGCGCGCUAGGCUCCAACUUGGAUGGCUUAGAGACCGUUCUAGGUCCUGGGACCGCUUCACCGAGUGGAGUGAAGCUGCGCGCGGGACCUGGAGGCGGAGACCUCAGGCAGCGGCUGCAGAGGGGCGAGCCGGACGCAGGAGGGGGCGCGCUUUCUCCCUGAGGUCUCAGUAAUGAGGAGACUGAGUUUGUGGUGGCUGCUGAGCAGGGUCUGUCUGCUGUUGCCGCCGCCCUGCGCACUGGUGCUGGCUGGGGUGCCCGGCUCCUCCUCGCACCCGCAGCCCUGCCAGAUCCUGAAGCGCAUCGGGCACGCGGUGAGGGUGGGCGCGGUGCACUUGCAGCCCUGGACCACUGCCCCCCGCGCUGCCAGCCGCGCUCCGGACGGCAGCCGGGCAGGAACCCAGCGGGAUGAGCCUGAUCCAGGGACUAGGCGGCCCCUGGCUCCCUCGCCGGGCGCACGCUGGUUGGGGAGUACCCUGCAAGGCCGGGGGCCGCCGGGCGCCCGUAAGCCCGGGGAGGGCGCCAGGGCGGAGACCCUGUGGCCAAGGGACGCCCUCCUAUUCGCCGUGGACAACCUGAACCGCGUGGAAGGGCUACUGCCCUACAACCUGUCUUUGGAAGUAGUGAUGGCCAUCGAGGCAGGCCUGGGCGAUCUGCCGCUUUUGCCUUUCUCCUCCCCUAGCUCGCCUUGGAGCAGUGACCCUUUCUCCUUCCUGCAAAGUGUUUGCCAUACCGUGGUGGUGCAAGGGGUGUCGGCACUGCUUGCCUUCCCCCAGAGCCAGGGUGAGAUGAUGGAGCUCGACUUGGUCAGCUCAGUCCUGCACAUUCCAGUGAUCAGCAUUGUGCGCCACGAGUAUCCGCGGGAGAGUCAGAAUCCCCUUCACCUACAACUGAGUUUAGAAAAUCCAUUAAGUUCUGAUGCUGAUGUCACUGUCUCAAUCCUGACCACGAACAACUGGUACAAUUUUAGCUUGUUGCUGUGCCAGGAAGACUGGAACAUCACUGACUUCCUCCUCCUUACCCAGAAUAAUUCCAAGUUCCACCUUGGUUCUAUCAUCAACAUCACAGCUAACCUCCCCUCCACCGAGGACCUCUUGAGCUUCCUACAGAUCCAGCUUGAGAGUAUCAAGAACAGUACACCCACAGUGGUGAUGUUUGGCUGCGACAUGGAAAGUAUCCGGCGGAUUUUCGAAAUUACAACCCAGUUUGGGGUAAUGCCUCCCGAACUUCAUUGGGUGCUGGGAGAUUCUCAGAAUGUGGAGGAACUGAGGACAGAGGGUCUUCCCUUAGGUCUCAUUGCUCAUGGAAAAACAACACAGUCUGUCUUUGAGUACUACGUUCAAGAUGCUAUGGAGCUGGUUGCAAGAGCUGUAGCCACGGCCACCAUGAUCCAGCCAGAACUUGCUCUCAUUCCCAGCACGAUGAACUGCAUGGAGGUGGAAACUACAAAUCUCACUUCAGGACAAUAUUUAUCAAGGUUUCUGGCUAAUACCACCUUCAGAGGCCUCAGUGGUUCCAUCAAAGUAAAAGGUUCCACCAUCAUCAGCUUAGAAAACAACUUUUUCAUCUGGAAUCUUCAACAUGACCCCAUGGGAAAGCCAAUGUGGACCCGCUUGGGCAGCUGGCAAGGGGGUAAGAUUGUCAUGGACUAUGGAAUAUGGCCAGAGCAGGCCCAGAGACACAAAACCUACUUCCAACACCCAAGUAAGCUACACUUGAGAGUGGUUACCCUGAUUGAGCAUCCUUUUGUCUUCACAAGGGAGGUAGAUGAUGAAGGCUUGUGCCCUGCUGGCCAACUCUGUCUAGACCCCAUGACUAAUGACUCUGCCACACUGGACAGGCUUUUCAGCAGCCUCCAUAGCAGUAAUGAUACAGUGCCCAUUCAAUUCAAGAAGUGCUGCUACGGAUAUUGCAUCGAUCUGCUGGAAAAGAUAGCAGAAGACAUGAACUUUGACUUCGACCUCUAUAUUGUAGGGGAUGGAAAGUAUGGAGCCUGGAAGAAUGGGCACUGGACUGGGCUGGUGGGUGAUCUCCUGAGUGGGACUGCCCACAUGGCAGUCACUUCCUUCAGCAUCAAUACUGCACGGAGCCAGGUGAUAGAUUUCACGAGCCCUUUUUUCUCCACCAGCUUGGGCAUCUUAGUGAGGACCCGAGAUACAGCAGCUCCCAUUGGAGCCUUCAUGUGGCCACUCCACUGGACAAUGUGGCUGGGGAUUUUUGUGGCUCUGCACAUCACUGCCAUCUUCCUCACUUUAUAUGAAUGGAAGAGUCCCUUUGGUUUAACUCCCAAGGGGCGAAAUAGAAGUAAAGUCUUCUCCUUUUCUUCAGCCUUGAAUGUCUGUUACGCCCUCUUGUUUGGUAGAACGGUGGCCAUCAAACCCCCAAAAUGUUGGACUGGAAGAUUUCUAAUGAAUCUUUGGGCCAUUUUCUGUAUGUUUUGCCUUUCCACAUACACGGCAAACUUGGCUGCUGUCAUGGUAGGUGAGAAGAUCUAUGAAGAGCUUUCUGGAAUACAUGACCCCAAGCUGCAUCAUCCCUCCCAAGGAUUCCGCUUUGGAACUGUCCGAGAAAGCAGUGCUGAAGAUUACGUGAGACAGAGUUUCCCAGAGAUGCAUGAAUAUAUGAGAAGAUACAAUGUUCCAGCCACCCCCGAUGGAGUGGAAUAUCUGAAGAAUGAUCCAGAGAAACUAGACGCCUUCAUCAUGGACAAAGCCCUUCUGGAUUAUGAGGUGUCAAUAGAUGCUGACUGCAAACUUCUCACUGUGGGGAAGCCAUUUGCCAUAGAAGGAUACGGCAUUGGCCUCCCACCCAACUCUCCACUGACCUCCAACAUAUCCGAGCUAAUCAGUCAAUACAAGUCACACGGGGUUAUGGAUGUGCUCCAUGACAAGUGGUACAAGGUGGUUCCCUGUGGCAAGAGAAGCUUUGCUGUCACUGAGACUUUGCAAAUGGGCAUCAAACACUUCUCUGGACUCUUCGUGCUGCUGUGCAUUGGAUUUGGUCUCUCCAUCUUGACCACCAUUGGUGAGCACAUAGUAUACAGGCUGCUGCUACCACGAAUCAAAAACAAAUCCAAGCUGCAAUACUGGCUCCACACCAGCCAGAGAUUACACAGAGCACUAAACACAUCAUUUGUAGAGGAAAAACAGAAGCAUUUCAAGGCCAAACGUGUGGAAAAGAGGUCCAUUGUGGGACCCCGUCAGCUCACUGUAUGGAAUACUUCCAAUCUGAGUCAUGACAACCGACAAAAAUACAUCUUUAGUGAUGAGGAAGGACAAAACCAGCUGGGCAUCCGGACCCACCAGGACAUCCCCCUCCCUUCAAGGAGAAGAGAGCUCCCUGCCUCACUGACCACCAAUGGGAAAGCAGACUCCCUAAAUAUAUCUCGGAACUCAGUGAUGCAGGAACUCUCAGAGCUAGAGAAGCAGAUUCAGGUGAUUCGCCAGGAGCUGCAGCUGGCUGUGAGCAGGAAAACGGAGCUUGAAGAGUAUCAAAGGACAAGUCGGACUUGUGAGUCCUAGGUGACCACACUGCUCCCCUUUCUCGGUUCCUGACCUUCCUCUGAGCCCUUGAGACACUUUGUAAUGCUCUUUUCUAACUACUGACAAAGGUGUGGGGAAGCUGUGGUCUAGGUUUUCUUAGAGGUCAAGUCUGUUCUCCCUAGCCUAAAGAGCAGCAGCAGCUCCUCUCAAGCUCACUCCCUAGGUCACCAGGGUAGAAGUGUUUUUCUAUCAAGAAUCUUAGUCAGGAGUAAUCUCUGUGUGAGGGAUCUGUGAAUAACCAGAUAACUCCAGCUUCCGUUAUCCUUUUUACCAGGUGCCACAGUAGUAUUUCUGGUUUUUAGCCCUUUCUCUGCACUACCAACAAGAGAUAAAAUUGUUACUCAUACUUAUGUCUUACUGGGUUGUUGGCUUUCAUUGUAACACAGAACAAGAUUAUCCAGGGUUGUAGCUUUUGAUACAACUCCCCAAUCUAGAUUUAUGUCUAAUGGGGAGCAGGUAAGAGCAGAGUACCUCCCACUGGGGAUGGAGUACUUAAAAGUUAACUCAUUGGUAUCACAAAGGUCAAGGAUUGAUUGGACCAGGCAAGAGCCAUGUUUUUGAGAAGGUUCUGGAUCGCUGACUCCAUCUUGACUAACGUUUAGUAAGAACAUGCUUACAUGCCACUGUGAAAGGGGACGGGGAAGUGGUAAGCGGGAACAGAAGACAGGCAGACGAGGCAUUAAAAAUGCAUACCACGCAUUUAGAACAAAAGCUGUGGGCCAGAAAAGCAAUUGGCUAAAAAAUGAAUGAGACCACUUCUAAUGUAACUAAGCAUCUCCACUAUGGUGUGUGCCUUUUAUAAAGGAAAAGAAAGAAAAGCAAAGCAAGGUUGUGGCCUUAGGUCGGAUCUGGAAUAUCCCUGCUUAUUGCCUAUAAUAGAAUAUGUGACACUGUGGGUGAAAUGUUGUACACACCACACACUAGGCCAUUUCCAGAUCAGCAGUCACCCAUCUCUUAGCAUAGAAAUCCCAAAACCUCCAGCCUGGGUAUUCCACAAGCUUCAGCCAUUCAGGAAUCUGCCCUGUGCUUUGCAUAUCUGUAUAGAAAAUCAUCAGGUCAAUCCCCAUCCUCAUACCUACUCAUCUCUGAGGAGCUGUGAACAGAUUUUACUCUAAUGAUACUCCAGCCUCAUCUAAUGUUCCCUAAAGACUGAUAUAAGUAAGCUCCCCUCUGCUUAGGCAUCUCUUUCUCAGCAUAUGAUGUUUAGGUAGCAAGGGAAAGGAAUAUGGGAACUGUAGAAUUCAGUUCUCAAAUGUCAAUGUAGGUAAGAGUCAUCUAGUACAGAACUCAUCAGAGUGAUGAUUGCCGAGACCCUUCUCCAGAGAUUAUGGGGUCAGGGGUGGAAGUCUAGAGGUGAGCUCGGAAACCCACUGUUGGGCCGGGCACGGUGGCUCAAGCCUGUAAUCCCAGCACUUUGGGAGGCCAAGGCGGGUGGAUCACGAGGUCAACAGAUCGAGACCAUCCUGGUCAACAUGGUGAAACCCUGUCUCUACUAAAAAUACAAAAAAAAUUAGCUGGGCAUGGUGGCACAUGCCUGUAAUCCCAGCUACUCAGGAGGCUGAGGCGGGAGAAUUGCCUGAACCCAGGAGGCGGAGGUUGCGGUGAGCCAAGAUCGUGCCAUUGCACUCCAGCCUGGGUAACAAGAGCGAAACUCCGUCUCAAAAAAAAAAAGAAACCCAAUGUUAACCAACAUCCCCAGGUGACUGACAUGGGUGGUCUAAAAAUCACUCUUCUAGAAACACCAUUCUGGAAGUUUGGCUGCCCACAAGCAUGAGGAGAAGCAUGAAGAGAAAACCUAUUUGAAAGUUGUUUCUUUUUUUUAUAACUUCAGCACACAUCUGCUGAUUCUCCUUCCACAUCCUCACCCCCACCCCUGGGCACCAUUUAGGAUAAGACUUCCUUAAUUACUUGCUUUAUCUUCUCAGGACUCAUUGUUCCACCCCCCGCCCCAAUCAAUUUGGAUGCCUACAUCCUACACAGUUCAGGAGCUGUGCCAAGCACUUUCCUCUUUUACAGCUGCAGAUCACUGGAAAGGUGGCUGCAUCACAAAACUUCUCCCCCUAUUGGAUGAAAUGUCUGCACUUCCACCAAAAGCUACCCAGUCCCCAAGGGAAAGGUAACAACUUAAGCUGUAGUUAGGUAACACCUAGUGAUUAACUGGCUGAGAAAACCCUGGAGUGGAGAUAGACUCAAGCAUCCUGAUAUGGAUGUGGGAGGGCUCUGAAGUCAGAGGUCACCAACCCCACAGAUGAAACAGUUCAAUAAUGAGGAAACAGGUGAGCCCUGAAAACAGAAAAAGCCAAAUCUGUGUUGAAAUACCCGAUCCCCUCACCUUCUCACCCCAGGCCCAGUAGUUUUGUAUACCAGUUCCUUCAUAACAGGAGACCCAAUAAUGCUAUGAUUUGCAGCCGCCUCUGGAAGAUUUUGCCCCUUAGCCAUCCCUACCCAUUUGCAACACUAAGGAUGCUGGAGACUCUGCCACCAUGCUCUGUGUGCCCCUGAACCUCUGUGCAGCCCAGAAGGCUGAUGUACAAGUGUACCUCAGUUCACAUUACAGCCAUGCUCCUAAUGUACAUGGACAUUUUUGUAACUCAGCUCAUAUUCUGACUGUAUUUGAGAAGCUGGCUAUUUAAGGGAACCCAGAGGUGAAUCCUUUUGUAAAGUAAAGCACUCUUUUGUAAUGCGGUUAAUUAUUCCUUAAUGUAUCUGUUUUGUAAAUCUGAAUUUUUGUAUAUCGGGUUUACCUUAAGCUUCUCUACUGAGGCAUUCUGAGCAGUGGCGGAUCACAUGCCAGAUCACCCUGCCUAUCCACAAAGUAUUUGACCGAUGCAGGCUCCUCAAACAUCUUUGGAGGAACUAGCUGGCCAACACACUGGCCAGGAUGCAGCAAGCAGCAGAAGGGGCUGAAGGCAGGCUUACUGCCAUCCACAUUGCUUGAAAUGCCUCUAUGUUCUAAAUGAAAAAAACCAUAAUUGCUUGUGGUGAAACGAAGCAGUCUUCAUGUUAAGUAGCAAUGGUUAUUUUUAUCAGUAGUAAUUGAACAGUGUUUUGCAAUUUGUGAAACAGUGUAUUGUGUUUUGUAAAAUGAUGUCAUGAAAUGGUGGAUCCUUGGAAACCUCCUUUCUGUUCAGCUCCAACUCUUGUUCUUUCAACACCUUUCAGGCUCAAAAAAACACACACACACACAAAGAUCAGAAGCCUUCAGAUGGAGAGUGGUAUUCUGGUAAAGAAGAGAUAAGAGAUGCUACCUUGCUUCUUCUCCUCAGCUCCCAUUUAAUGAGAUCAAGAAGACCUCCAUUCUCUACCAAGCUCUGGUGCUGGGAAAUCUUGACUAUGACACACUGUGCCACAUACCCCAACCCUGUUUUCCAAGGGGAAUUUCUGGCACAGAAAGCACAUAGUAAAGCAUGCUCAGGUGAGCUGGAACAGAUACAGCUACCUGGUUCAUGUAAAUAAGAAUAAUAAAGGCCCCAGAGUAUAUAUGCUUCCAGGUAGAGGAGAAAGGGGAAUCCCCCAAAAUUUAAAAACAAGUUGGAAGAAUAACCAGGACAGCCAAGUGAGGCAGCCACAGGGACCCAAGCAGUCGAGGUCUUUUAUGUGCCUGGAGAUGACUCUCCAUCAUUCAUGAAUCUUGCUAUUGCACAAACCCUAUCAGGAGCUGCAGCUUCCCUUCCAGCCAGAGAAGUGGUAAGUGGAGCAAGUGCCAAGCAGAACAGACUUUAUCAUCUGGGUAACAGACUUCUCAGUGUUGGUGCUGUGUCUGUUAGAGCCUUGGAGCAAAUUAAGCACUUCCUUGGUAUGGGUAAAGAAUAAAGGGGAAAGAAACUAGAGCCUCUUUAUCUCCCAACUCAUAUUUUUGAUAGGAAAACCAGAAAAUCCAACCAUUUCUUCAGAAAUUGCUUUCUAGUCAUUAAUACUACUUUACUAUCUAUACUGUUAAGUUAUUCCUUUCUUUACCCACCUACACUACCCAUCUAUUCCAGGAUUCCCUCACUCUUUGUUUAGUUUAGUUACUAAUCAUUUUAUGAAAAUAGUGUACUUAUAAGUAUUUUCUUAAGGUUUGUGAAGAGUAUUUGCAUUGUGUCUUCAUUUUAAUGUGUUUGCAAUCCCUCCGCUCCAGGAAGAACGGAAAUGCUGUCUUGUGAGCAUGAAGUGAACGGGCUGUUUUGCUCCAGCCACUUUUCUUGUACAACCACAUGGAUGGAUUAGAUGUCCUCAGGUCUUUUCCAUCUUCAGUUUCUAUGACUAUGGAAUAAAUGUUCAGAAACUUC